AUGUCUCAAAGCCUCCGCAUCGUUUUCGCGGCCGAUGAGGCUGGCGCUCCCUACAAGGAGACCCUCAAGGCCCUCCUCCAGAAAAACCCCAAUGUCAGCGAGGUUCUCGACGUCGGUGUCAACUCCACCGAGGACAAGACUGCCUACCCUCACCCUGCCGUCGAGGGCGCGAAGCUCAUCGCCGAGGGCAAGGCUGACCGUGGUCUCUUUAUCUGCGGUACCGGUCUCGGUGUUGCCAUCUCCGCCAACAAGGUUCCUGGCAUCCGUGCCGUUACUGCUCACGAUUCCUUCUCCGUCGAGCGUGCCAUCCUCAGCAACGACGCCCAGGUCCUGUGCUUCGGCCAGCGCGUUAUUGGCCUCGAGCUCGCCAAGCGCCUUGCCAGCGAGUGGGUGACCUACAAGUUCGACCCCAACAGCUCUUCUGCCCCCAAGGUCCAGGCCAUCAAAGACUACGAGGCCAAGUUCGCUUCCCAGCAGUAG